CCCGAAGCCAAGUUUUGUUCCCUACCCAGAUUGGUUGAAAGGAGCUACACAUACCAUGGAAGUCGCUUACGUGUUUGGACUUCACGAGUCACUUGAGCGUAAACUUGUGGACGACUUAGGUGGUGUUGACCCUUUCAAGGUAACUCAAGAUGACAUCAAUCUGUCAGCACAAAUGAUGACAUUGUGGAGCAACUUCGCUAAAAGCGGGGAUCCUAAUUCCCCUAUAAAUGCUACAUCGUUUGAAUGGCCGCAAUACAACACUAACGAGCAGAAGUAUCUUAAUAUCGUAGUUAAUAUGACGUCACAGUCGGUGAAGCACCAUCUAGCGGCCACACGGAUAGCGUUUUGGCAAGAUUUGGCUCCCAUUUUUAAACAUUGUAAUACUGAACAAAUCACUUCAAAUGCGCCAUACAUUUCAGUCCAAAUUACAAGUGUUAUUGUGAUGUUAUACCUAUAUAAACUAUUGUUUUGAUGUCAUGGUGAUUUGCAUUGUAAUUGACGGAAAGCAUUGGAAUGCACACAUUAAACAAAUGACAAAUAUCUACACAAGAACACUGUGCAGGUUGAACGCUUACAAUUUAUUUUGAUUGCUUUUGGUCGCGGUUUAAUCAUUUACCGACAAGAUAAAAAUGUAUCGUUCACGUGUUUAAUUAGAAUCUACUCAUAAGCCAACAA